AUGGUUCACUUCAAGCCCACCAGCGUACUGCUUGCUGUUGCGUCCCUCAUCACCAAGAACGUUGUCGCUGAGGAAGCCCAUGCUCUUGAAGUGUUCCCAGAAUUGAAGGCACCGAUCAAUCAAGAUCUUAUCGCGAAGCUACUGAGGAACCACAACGGGUAUGGCUUCUGCAAAGGCUUUUGCCCGGUAUACCAGCCGCCGAAGCCUGUGACAAAGACCGAGCUCAAGACGUCUACAAAACUUGUGACUGUUACGACUUCGAUCGUUCCAGCACCAACCACCAUAACCCUGACGAGGACCGGAGGAGCACCAGCAGACUCCACGGUGCUGCAGACGACUGUGGUCUCGGAGACGGGAACAGUGACUUUCACCGGUGCGCCUAGCACAGUCUCAGAUGUCCAAACUAUCACCGUCAUCUCAUCAGCUACCGUAGUCCUUACAGAAUCAUCCACCCUCGGCUUUCCCAGUGCUCCAACUUUCGUGGCUCGUCACGUUAACCCGCCAUCGUGGCUGAAGGGCGUGGCCGACAACCUGAUCUGUCCAGCAUGUACCAAAGUCUGGCCUGCACCUCCAGCAAAGACCGUGUCCAUUUGUAAGACAACGACUGUAACAAAGACGCAAACUCGAACUGCCACGGCCGCUCGCACGACGGCUACCACCACUGUUAGCGUUACUCCGACGGCGAAGAUCGUGACAGCAAUCAUCUCCACAACGCUUACCCUCACUGACUCCACUACUGUAACACCCACCAUCACUGAAACAUCUACCGCUACCACCGUCAUCGCCACCACCGUCACUAGCACAACAACACAAACGCUCUGCCCUCAGCAAACAGCCGGAAUUUCCGGCAUUUCAGUUGUCCAGCCUGGUCACCUGAAGAAUACCGGCAGCAAAAGCCCCACAGAGUGCUGUCUGGCUUGCUUCGGUGAUCCACAGGGCUGCACCCGGUGGGCAUACCUAGGCACGAACUUCUGCUUCUACGCUGUCCCGGACUCAGGAUUGGGGGCAUCAAGCGAGCUAUGCCCGAAUGGGAAGGGCAAUGCUGAGCUUAUGACCGGCGGUCCGUCAAAUCUCGCCGGUGGGCCGGGAUAG